UUCGUGGAUUCCAGUCUGUUUUGUUAGCUGUCGGCUUUUAGCCGCUUCCUGAAUCAUUUCUAUGAGUCAUAAUCUGUUUGAGUGAAAGGGGUGAAAAGCUUAAAACUGAACAGGAGCGCCGUUACACCUGUCAGGGAGGUGAUAGGACAGCUGACAGGUGAUUGGCUGAUGCCGUUCAGGUACAACUAACUAGAAAAGGGUGGAGAUGGGCGUGAUCUGAAUUCACUGCAACGCAGCUCUGAUUGUCUGGACGAGCUUUGUGACUCAGUUUUGUCCAUUGAAACGGGUUUUAAAAAUCGAGUUAAAAUGUCUCUUUUCAAGAAGUUCUUCAAAGGUAUCAUCCACAACAGAGACCCAAAAGAUGAAACUGUCAAGGUGAAGGAGGAAGCCAAACCAAAGUUCUACGGGACGGUUCCUCCGUAUCCAAACUUCAAUGCCAGCAGUGAUGCAUCAGUCCUUCAGAGUGCCAUUGAAAGUAAAAAAGUGGAUGUGGAUGUGAUCGUUGCCAUUCUUGUGAAGAGAAACAACGAGCAGAGGCAGAAAAUUAAAGCCGUUUAUGAAUCGUCCUCUGGAAAAAAUCUGGUUAAAUCCCUGAAGUCGGUCCUCAGGUCAGAUGUGGAGGACGUGAUUCUGGCUCUGCUUAUGCCUCCAGCUCACUUCGAUGCCUUCCUGCUCAGGAGAGCCACCAAGGGUGUGGGAACAGACGAGGACGUCCUCGUCGAGGUUCUGGCGACGAGAUCCUACGCAGAAAUUCAAGAAAUAAAGAAAGUCUUCAAACAAGAGUACCAGAAGGAGCUGGAGGAGGUGAUUAAGGAUGAGACCAGCGGUGACUUCACCGCGGCGCUGCUGGCCAUGCUCAACACCAAGCGAGACCAGAACACUGUGGUCGACAUGGAGCUGGCCAGGAAGGACGCCAAGAUUUUGUUUGAAGCAGGCGAAGGCAUCGGCAAAGCAAACGUGUCGACCUUCAUCAACAUCCUGACCACGCGCAGCGGCCCGCAGCUCUCUAAAACGUUCCAGCAAUAUGCUGCCAUCAGCGACCUGACGCUGCCGAAAGCCCUGCAGAUGGAGCUGAAGGGAGACAUCGAGGACUGCCUCAUCGACAUCGUGAAAUGCGCCUGGAACACACCGGCUUUCUUUGCUGAGAAACUCAAUCGGGCCAUGAAGGGUCACGGUACGCGUGAUGAGGCUCUGAUCCGGAUCCUGGUGAGCCGCUCCGAGGUCGACCUGCAGAAGGUCGUGGAGGAAUACCGGGCAAUGUUUGAGAAAACCCUACAUGAAGACGUCAUGAAUGACACCAAAGGACAUUAUCAGAAAGUUCUGCUUGCGUUGUGCGGACCGAACUGAGAACCUGAAUACCUCUGAGGAAGCAAAAAAUCAGUCAAAUUCAUGUUUUAAUAAAGCCACUCCUUCCACUUAUA